AUGGGCUCGAUAAUUGAUCAAUGCUGGAUCCUGACGUGCGGUCAUUGCGUUGCAGUGGAAAAUACAACAAAGCAGGCUAUACCCGCAGACGAGAUAUUCAUCUUCGCCGGCGGCUCGCGCAUGACCAAACAUGGAUCCCCAGAUUCUGGUGUCGAGAUAAUCCAAGCCGAAACCGUCCACCUUCAUCCCCAAUAUCUUCAUGAUCAUCGCACGGGACAAUCCGAAAACGACAUCGCUUUGGUGAAGCUAAGCAAACCGCUCACCUACACGGAACGCCGGAUGCCGAUCAACAUCCCGUGGAGCUUCAACUGGACAGCAGCGAACUGGAUGUUCGAAAUUGCCGGCUGGGGCAAGCUGGGUGGCAAUAAACCAAACAGCGAGAACUUGAUGAUGUAUGAGGCCCAAAUGCAGCCGGUCGAUGAUUGUCAGGACGGCCGGGCAGGCGAGAUCUGCUAUGACGGUGUCAACGCCGGGUCGGGACCAUGCGGAGGCGGUUCCGGAGCCGCGAUCGCCGUUCACUACAAGAAAACGUGGUGGCAACUUGGCGUGCAUAAGGCUGGACGCCUCGGUUGUAACUACACUGGAAUGAAGCACGCUUAUGGCGUCAACGCAUCUGCCUACUGCGACUUCUUCCUGCAGACUAUUGGACGGAAAAUCUGCCCUCCCCACAAGAAGCUCGUUGGCGGCACCGUGGCGUCGAUCGAAACUUAUCCCCAUGCCGUCGCCUUGCGUGAAAUCUAUAACGGUUCCUGGGUCCACAUUUGUGGUGGUUCGAUCAUUGCGCCAGACAUCGAAAAAUACGCGUUUUCCGUGGCGCUGCGACUCAAAAAUGGGCGCUACUGGCAACACCUUGCUAUGGGCUCGAUAAUGAACGAACAUUGGAUCCUCACGGCCGGCCAUAGCGUGUCAAAUGAGAAUGCGACCCGGGAACCGCUCUCCCCGGGCCUGUUCUGGAUUUUCGCCGGCGCCGAGCACCUGACACCUAUUGGAACACCGGAUACUGAUGUGGCAAUAAUCCAAGUGGCCAGCAUCCAUCUGCAUCCCGACUUCUAUCGCCAUCCAGAUGGAAGGGGUUGCGAAAAUGAUAUCGCGUUGCUGAAGCUUACCAAUCCACUUAACUUCACGACGCGCCGACUACAGAUUCACGUCCCGCACCGUUUCCCCGCCUGGCACCACCCCAAUCUUACACUCGAGAUUGCCGGCUGGGGACGACUUGGUAGAAAUAAGCCCCCGAGCCAGGAUCUGCGCAUGUACUAUGCCAUAGGGCGCCCCAUUCAAACAUGUAUCCCUACUUACCCGCUGACCAGCCCGGCCAUUUGCAUUUCCGGGAAGAGAAACGUCGGUCCUUGCGAGGGAGAUUCCGGCGCGGCAGUAGCUACACAAUACCACGGCCGGUGGUUGCAACUUGGUGUGUAUACAAGAGGACGGUUCGACUGUGACUAUUCGGUGCAUACAACUGCCUUCGGCGUCGACGCUACCCAAAACUGUGCCUUCUACGAGCAGACGAUUGGCACGCCGGCGUGCAUCACGCUUGGAGUGGCGCUACGACGGAAAAAUGGGAGCAACUGGAAACAUGCGUGCAUGGGCUCGAUAAUGAACAAAGAAUGGAUCUUGACGGCCGGCCAUUGCGUGUCUAAUAAAUAUGCUCCUCGCGAAGCGCUCUCCCCAAAGACUUUUUGGAUUUUUGCCGGCGCUGAACACAUGACAUCUGAUGGAUCACCGGAUGACGAUGUGGCAAUAAUCCGCUUGGGGAACAUCCAUCUACACCCCGAUUUCUAUCGCGACGUGGCAACCAAAACAUUGGAUAACGAUAUCGCGCUACUAAAGCUCAGCACUAAACUCAGCUACUCGACGCGCAGGCUUCCGAUUCAAAUCCCGGCCAAUUUCCCUGCCUGGCGAAACAAGAAUUUGACGCUCGAGAUUACCGGCUGGGGAAAACUGGGAAUAGAUCAGCCGCCAAGCGUCGAUCUGCGCAUGUACAAGGCCAGAGUGCGCAAAAUUCGAACCUACAACCCUGAAGAUACUUGGACCAUUGGCUAUUCGGGUCCGCAAGACGUCGGUCCAUGUCGGGAGAUUCCCGGCUCGGCAGUGGCUACACAAUACCACGGCCGUUGGCUGCAACUGGGCGUGCACACCAGAGGGGAGACUCUCUGUGAUUAUUCAUCCCGCACCCAUGCUUUCGGGGUGAACGUCACCGAAAACUGUGCCUUCUACGAGCAGACGAUUGGCAAGCCGGUGUGCAUCACGCUG